UCCGCUUCCUUCAAGUGCGGAGUCAGGCCUCACCCGCCUCUCUCACGCAGGAGUCGCCGGCGGCCUGCGAUGUUUGGCCUCAAGAGAAACGCAGUGAUCGGACUCAACCUCUACUGUGGGGGCGCCGGGCUGGGGGCUGGCAGCGGCGGCGCCACACCCCCGGGAGGGCGGCUUUUGGCUGCGGAGAAGGAGGCCGCGGCCCGGCGAGAGGCAGGGGGAGGGGAAGCCGGCGAGGUGAUUGGCGGAAGCCCCGGCGCGAGUUCCCCGGCCUCCCUCACGCCAGACGCCCGGAGGGUCGCGCGGCCGCCGCCCAUUGGUGCCGAAGUCCCCGACGUCACCGCGACCCCCACGAGGCUGCUGUUCUUCGCGCCCACCCUCCGUGCGGCGCCGCGGGAGGAGAUGGAAGCCCCUGCCGCCGACGCCAUCAUGUCGCCGGAAGAUGAGCUGGACGGGUACGAGCCGGAGCCUUUGGGGAAGCGGCCGGCGGUCCUGCCUUUGCUGGAGUUGGUCGGGGAGGCCAGUAACGGCCCCAGCACUGAUGGGUCACUUCCUUCGACACCGCCCCCAGCAGAGGAGGAGGAGGAUGAGUUAUACCGGCAGUCGCUGGAGAUCAUCUCUCGGUACCUUCGGGAGCAGGCGACCGGUGCCAAGGACGCGAAACCAAUGGGCAGGGCAGGAGCCGCCAGCAGGAAGGCGCUGGAGACCUUGCGCCGCGUUGGGGACGGGGUGCAGCGCAACCACGAGACGGCCUUCCAAGGCAUGCUUCGGAAACUGGACAUCAAAAACGAAGACGAUGUCAAAUCUUUGUCUCGAGUGAUGGUCCAUGUUUUCAGUGACGGCGUAACAAACUGGGGCAGGAUUGUGACUCUAAUUUCUUUUGGUGCCUUUGUGGCCAAACACUUGAAGAGCAUAAACCAAGAAAGCUGCAUCGAACCAUUAGCAGAAAGUAUCACAGACGUUCUUGUAAGGACAAAACGGGACUGGCUAGUCAAACAAAGAGGCUGGGAUGGGUUUGUGGAGUUCUUCCAUGUAGAGGACCUAGAAGGCGGCAUCAGAAAUGUGCUGCUGGCUUUUGCGGGUGUUGCUGGAGUAGGAGCUGGUUUGGCAUAUCUAAUAAGAUAGCCUUGUAAGUGCAAUAAUUGACUCCUAACCAACAACAGCAACCAGAACCACAUUCGUCUGUGAAAUCAAAUGUAUUUAUGAAGUUGGACUUAAGCUGUCCUAGGCUGUAUGUAACUUGCAAAAGCAGCCUACCCAGAAAAGGAAGUGGCAAGAGGAAUGUGACUUACAAGAAUAAAUACAUGGGAAAAGUGGUCCCCCUUGAUUGAAGAGUCACUUUCUGAAAGAAGCAAAGUUCAGUUCAGCAACAAGCAAACAGGCCAUGGAGGAGGACUUUUAGAUGUAGUGAAGACAGUAGGGUGGAAAGACAUUUUCCUUAUUUAGACCAGGAGUGUGGCCAGUAGUUGGACUAGUCAUAGAAUUCAUUAAAUAUGCCCACAAAUUAGUUCAUUUCCUAUAGUGUUAAAAAAGAAGCACUAACAAUGCCAGUGACCCGUAUAAAAGUGGAUUUAAGCUACAAGUAAUAGAACUAUGACUAGAGCCUCAGUACUGUACAACAGAGUGUGAAGGGAAGCUUUUCCUAGUAGGCUUUCCAGGUGUAAUUCUUGAAGAAUAGAAAGUUCAGGCAUUCAGGACUUCUAAACCUGUUGUACCUUAGCUUUGUUUGAACGAUUCUUAGUUUAUUAGCCUAGUAAUAGCCAAGAAUACUUGGUGUAGGUCCUAAUAUUGUCUGUAAAAAUUGUAUAUAUUUUUACAGAAAGUCUAUUUCUUUGAACAAUAAAGGGGGGGAUCUCAAAUUUAGUUUUUUUCAUACCCUUUUGAAUUUUGCAACUUCUGUAGUUAGGAACCUAUUUCUUACAACUUUUCUAUGCUAAACUUUGUCUUGCUAGAGUGUGUACAGAACCAAUUGAUGUAAUUGUAUGAAACCUAGUUGUAGUGAAACAAAGCUGAUUCAUAACUAUGCAGGCUUUAAUUUUCCUUUCUGACUUUGGUAAGUAUUCCAUAAAUAGGCUUUUCUUUGAAAACCUGCGAUUGAGUGGUUGAAGAAUAGAAAUUAAUCCUUUCGCUUUGUUAUAGGUAGGUUUUCAAUAAUUAGGUCAAAGAGGUAUUUUUAAGGUGGGGGGGAAUGGAUGACUUACAAAUAAUGGGCUUUGAUUGGGCAGCAACUAUUUUGAGUUCCUUUCAUUUGACCUAAUUUAACUGGUGAAAUUUAAAUUUGAGUUCAUAAGCUAAUCUUUGAAGCUUUUACUGAAAGAUUUUUUUAAAGCUAUUCCAAAGGGGACUUACUGUGUGUAAAAAGAUCAUAUCAGGUGAAUGGAUGAGAUAUUUGAUCACUUGUUUGCAUAAUAAAUUGUAAAAUUAUGGCUUGGAAAAGCAGGUUAGAGUCUAACCAUGGUGCUAUUAUUAGGCUUCCUUGUUAAACACAGGUCUAAGCCUAGUAUGUUAAUAAAACGAAUACUUACUGUUUCAUUUCUGUUCAUGAUUCCCAAACUUUGUUUCAGAUUUUUCCAUUGGCAUGUCUUUGGAUUUCAGAUUUGAUGUUGUCAGACUUACCUUUUAUUUCCUAUUCUUCCUUGAAAUACUAGCUAUUUAUUCUCCUGCUACAGAUACUUAACAUUAGUCUAUACUUCACCCUGCCAUUCCUGAACUCUUAUUAGCCCUUUUAGAUUUUGGCACUGUGAACACUGGGAACCUGAGUGACACUUCCCUCCCCCCAGGCGAAGUCAACCGACCUUCAUCUUUCAUGAAUUUUGUCCUGUUGGAAAGUGGUUCAAAACCAUGAAUGCUCUGACAGUAGUAACAGUCUGAGGAAGUCCUUCUUCCUUGGACUGGUACCUGUUCAGUUGUUGCUUUUUCCUAUCUUUGAGGAUAAGGUUCUUUAGGAAUUUCAAAGGAGGACAUCUUAAUGUAGUUUUCUCUCUACAGCUUCUUUGGUAUUUCAAUAUGCUCACUUAAAUUUACAGAAAGUUAUAUAAAAAGCUACUGGUAAACUGAAGAAAGCUCCUGUAUUGUAACUAGUGCCAUUUGAAAGCUUCGCCCUCAGAACGUGAUCUUUAGUCUAUUGGACUCCAGAUAAAAAUAGGCAUGAGUAAGAUGACUAAGAAUGUAAUGGGAAGAAUUUCCUUGCCAGCCCAUCUUGGAGCCAUAGGUCAUCUUACUAGAGCUAUUUUUACCUAUAUAUUUAUCAUUCUUGAUCAUAAACCACUUAUUUAUAUCAUGUCUUAUCUCUAGGGACCUAAAAGCACUUUAUGUAGUUUUAAUCUUAAGAUCUGGUUAUGGUUAUGGCCUGUCUCCCCAAUCCAGUUGUGGAAAUAAGCACAUAGAUGUGCAUUGGUAUUUAGGGGCCCUUCUUAACUCACUAGUAUGGCUGAUGGAAUACAGAUGAGUAUUUUAGUUGAUAUUUGGGGUUUAGGGCAGCUGAAGCUUAGGGACCCCAAGUAGUUUGGGAUAGGAGGGCAGACAGUUGGUUUAGGAAGAGGAGACACGUGGUCUAACUGCUGACUGGCUAUAUAAUUCAGGCAAAUCCUCCAAAAGGCAAAGGGGAGGGGCUGCUUGGAAAGAUGGCUUUCAGCAAAUUCUGUUUUGUCUUAUGCUUCUCUCAGGGAAAAACAUGCAAUCCUCUAGUGUUCAUGUAUUUUCUGGGGGGUGAACACCUUGGUUCUGGUUAAACAGCUAGUGCUUCUUAUAGCUGUGCCAGGAAAGGUUAGGACCAACUACAAAUUAAUGUGGGUUGUAAAAUGUAGUGUGUUUCCCUAACUUCUUUACCUGAGGGGGGGGAAAAAUCAAUAAAUCUUUUAUUCAAAUA